AUGGAAAAUCAAAAGACUUGGAGUGGAGGAAUAUCUCCAAAUUCUGAGAUCGAAGUAGUCGGAAAUGACUUUCCGACUACUAGUACUGGAUCCCUCCACAAACGGAAGAGCGCACGCUUCAACCUCCCGGAGGCAGUUCCCACCGACGACGACAACACGUGCGUGGAGAUCACUUUGGACGUGCAUGAUGACUCAGGAGUCUGCUAUGUCAAGACGAUAAAUGAAAAGCCUGACGCUGAUCCGAACCAUGUCAAGACAAUUGAAAAGCCUGAUGUUGAUCCGAGAGAUCGAAGGUCUCGGAUCAAACAUAUCUCUAAGGAGUUGAAACGGAUUACCUCCAUGACAUCCCAAUGGUCCAAACCAUGCCAAAGGUUCAAUCGGAACGAGUCGGAGGCACUUAAAGGCUUGAAAUUCAUCAGCAAAAUUGACGUAAAUACUAAUUGGCUCGCCGUCAAUAGACGGUUCGACAAACUCACUUCCUUCACCGAGCUACUCCCUCGUUAUGUCUUCGGCGAAUGUAUCGGUACCGAGUCUAAUCUUAAUAAUGAUUUUGCGGUUAAAAUAUUCGACGCACUUCGCAUGAGAUAUAGAAUAACCGGAGACUCGAUUGACAAAACUCUGUUGAGAGAAUUUUGGGAAAUUAUUAUAGACGAAAGUUUUGAUUCACGCCUCCAUAUAUUCUUUGACAUGGUGGAUAAAGAUUCAGAUGGAAGAAUCACUGAAGAAGACAUCAAAGAGAUUAUUGCUGUAAGCGCUUCUGCCAACAGACUCUCAAAUAUUCAGAAGCAGGCGCAUGAAUAUGCAGCUUUGAUCAUGGAAGAAUUGGACCCAUAUAAUUCCGGCUAUAUCUUGAUAGAGGACUUGGAGAUUUUGCUGCGAGCACCAAUCCAUUCCUUAAGCGGAGACGACAGUAAAUUGAGCCAUCUGUUCAGCCAGAAACUAAAACCAACUAAACUCAACCCAACAAGGGCAUUUUUCAGAUACGUGAAAUACUUCUUUCUGGAUAAUUGGAAAAGGGUUUGGGUUAUUGUUCUAUGGGUUGGAGUCAUGAUUGGUCUUUUCAUUUGGAAGUUUAUUCAAUACAAGAAUAGGGCUGCAUAUGAUGUAAUGGGUCAUUGUGUUUCCAUGGCUAAAGGUGCUGCUGAGACUCUUAAGCUGAACAUGGCUUUGAUCUUGAUGCCCGUUUGCAGAAACACCAUUACUUGGGUCAGGAACAAGACCAAUUUGGGAGUUGUUGUUCCAUUUAAUGACAAUCUAAGCUUUCAUAAAGUCAUAGCUGUGGCAAUUGCAAUUGGAGUUUGUAUACACGGGAUUUAUCACUUGGCGUGUGAUUUCCCUAGGCUACUCGAUGCAAGUCCUGAUAAGUACGAGCCGAUGAUCCAAUACUUCGGGGAGCAACCAACAAGUUAUUGGCACUUUGUGAAGAGCUUCGAGGGGAUAAGUGGGAUAAUCAUGGUGGUUUUGAUGGCCAUAGCUUUCACUUUGGCCACACCAUGGUUUAGGCGAAGCAAAAUCAUUCUCCCUAAGCCAUUCAAUAAGUUUACUGGAUUCAAUACAUUUUGGUACUCCCACCACUUAUUUGUCAUUGUCUAUGGUUUGCUCAUUGCCCAUGGCAUCAAACUUUAUUUGACUCAUGAAUGGUACAAGAAAACAACUUGGAUGUACCUGGCCAUCCCAAUUAUAGUAUACGCCUGUGAAAGAUUAACUAGAGCGUUCAGAUACAGAACUGAAGUUGUCAUACAAAAGGUGAUUGUUUAUCCUUCAAAUGUGUUGUCACUUCACAUGUCAAAGCCUAGCGGAUUCAAGUACAAGAGCGGACAAUACAUGUUUGUUAAUUGUGCUGCGGUUUCCCCAUUCGAAUGGCAUCCUUUUUCCAUAACAUCAGCUCCUGGAGAUGACUAUCUCAGUGUCCAUAUUCGUAAUCUUGGUGAUUGGACCAAACAGAUGCAGGUCGUUUUCUCCUCUGAGAUUAAAAAUGGACUCCAGAAAGCAGUUGGUUUGCAGGGGGAAUACAAUCCCAACAUCCCAAAAGUGAAGAUUGAUGGUCCAUAUGGAGCACCAGCACAAGACUACAAGAAAUAUGAUGUAGUAUUGUUGGUGGGUCUUGGCAUAGGGGCAACUCCAAUGAUUAGCAUUUUGAAGGACAUUAUGAACAACAUCAAGGCCAUUAGGGAAGAAGACAAAUCCCUUGAAAAUUCAGACCAAUUUAAGACCAGGAAGGCAUAUUUCUACUGGUUAACGAGAGAGGAGAAUUCGUUUAAUUGGUUCAAUGAGGUAAUGAACGAGGUGACAGAAAUGGUCGAUGAAAAUGUGAUAGAAAUGAAUAUUUAUUGCACAAGUGUGUAUGAAGAGGGAGAUGCUCGAUCUGCACUGAUCACCAUGCUUCAGUCUAUCAACCAUGCGAAGAAUGGGGUUGAUGUUGUGUCGGGCACUAGUGUCAAGUGUCAUUUUGCCAGGCCCAAAUGGCGUGAUGUCUAUAAGAACAUAGCCAUAAAACACACCAAUUCGCGUGUUGGAGUUUUCUAUUGUGGAGCACCAAGACUAACAAAGGAGCUAAAGCAACUAUCUUUGGAUUUCUCUCAUAAAACCUCCACUAAAUUUGAUUUCAACAAAGAGAACUUUUGAAUCUUCAACCAAAAUGAUGAGCUGCCCUAGUAAAUAUGCAAUAUUAUGUAUUACUAAACACUUUUUAACUUUGUUAAUGUGAGAAAUAGUAUAACCGAACCAACCGUCCAACCCUAGUUAUUACC